AUGGCUCUGCUGUCGUCGCUGCUAUACCUGGUGCUCGCUCUGGCGGCGUCGACCGCCCAGGAGGCGGAAGAACCGCUCCAGUGGUGGCAGACGGGCAUCAUUUAUCAGAUCUACCCCAGGUCCUUCAGGGACAGCGACGGGGACGGCGUGGGCGACCUCAAAGGUGUAACGGAGAACCUGGACCACCUAGUAGAGGCUGGUGUAACGGGAGUCUGGCUGUCUCCGUUCUUCAAGUCACCUAUGGUUGAUAAUGGUUACGACAUCUCCGACUUCACAGACGUCGAUCCAGUUUUCGGCACCAUGGAAGAUUUCGACGAAUUACUGGCUCAAGCCCACGCUAAAGGUCUGAAAAUACUAAUGGACUUCGUUCCGAAUCACUCGAGCGAUGAACAUGAAUGGUUUCAAAAAUCAUCGAACAUUAAUGAUCCAGAAUAUGACAAGUACGAGGACUAUUAUGUGUGGCUUGAGGGGAAGGUCGGUGAAGAUGGAGUGACACCGGAACCGCCCAACAACUGGGCGAACCUGUUCGACGGAGAGUCGGCCUGGGAGUGGAACAAUGACCGGCAACAGUACUACCUCCACCAGUUCCACAAAGCGCAGCCGGAUCUCAACUACAACAACUCCGAAGUCGUCGAAGGGAUGAAGGAUUUCAUGCGGUUCUGGCUGGAGAAAGGCGUGGACGGGUUUCGCAUGGAUGCAGUGCCACACCUGUUCGAAGACGGUCUGUUCCGAGACGAGGAUGAAGUGGACGGAGGCCUGACCUCUAAGUACACCAAACACCAGGACGGCACGUACGACAUGGUGCGGCAAUGGAGGGAGGUGGUCGAGGCGUUCGGCACCGACAAGUUAAUGAUGACAGAGGCAUACGGAAAUUACGAAGAAGUGGUGCGCUACUAUGGCAAUGACAGCAGUCCUGGGGCACAUUUCUCUUUUAACUUCGUCUUCAUCACGGACGUCAACAACCAGUCCGAUGCAGCGACCUUCAAGAGGGUCGUGGAUGACUGGCUCGAAGUAACUGUCAACCAGGGCCUCUGGUCCAACUGGGUGAUUGGAAAUCACGACCAGCCGCGCGUGGCCAGCCGGUACAGCCCGGAGCUGGUGGACGGGAUGAACAUGCUGGUGACGCUGCUGCCGGGAACCGCCGUCACCUACAACGGAGAGGAGAUCGGCAUGGAGGACAACUACGACAUGACGUGCGACAUUGCGCACGACCCGCAGGGCUGCCACGAUGGCGUCACCUUGGGCAGGUCCAGGGAUCCCUGCAGGACGCCCUUCCAGUGGGACAACACGACGAGCGCAGGCUUCUCGAGCAACGACAUGACGUGGCUGCCGGUACAUGAGAACUACGAGACGCUGAACCUGGAGGCGCAGAAAGCGGCUGAGAGAAGCCACUUCAAAGUCUAUCAGAAGCUGGCCACUGCCCGCAAACAGAGGGUGUCGCAGAGGGGCGCCACCGAGACCUUCGCCCUGGGCAGUGUCUUUGCCUUCACCAGGACCCUGGCUGGCGAGGACAGCCUGCUGGUGGCGGUGAAUCUGGGCACGGAGAACCAGUCGGUGGAUCUCAAGGCCAUGCUGCCGCUCGCCCAUCACUUCACCGUCCUCACCAGUUCCGUCAGCAGCCCUCUGACCGAAGGGUCUACGGUGAGCUCGCUGACACUGGGCCCUCACGAGUCGGUGGUGCUGCAGGCGUCAGGGGAGCGGGGAGCGGCCGGCGCCCUCAGGGCGACCACCCUACUGUGCGCGGCGCUGGUCGCAGCAGUCCUCGCCGCGGGCGGCGCGCGACAUGGCGCCAGUGGCCGCGCUCCUACCGGAAUGGCACCAGCUGCGACCGUGCUGCUGCCAGUGCUACUGGCGCUCUCGCUGCCUCUGCUGGCCGCCGGCGAGGCGCUCAAGUGGUGGCAGACUGGCGUCGUCUACCAGGUCUACCCCAAAUCCUUCAAGGACUCCGACGCCAACGGCGUGGGGGACAUCAGAGGAAUCACGUCCAAGCUGUCCCACCUGACCGACAUGGGCGUAGCAGGUGUCUGGAUAUCGCCCGUGUACCCUUCGCCUAUGAAGGACAAUGGCUAUGACAUCUCCGACUUCAAAGGCAUAGACCCAACGUUUGGUACCAUGGAAGACUUGGAUGAAUUACUGAACAAGGCACAUGCAGUCGGGCUGAAGGUGCUCAUGGACUUCGUGCCGAACCACUGCAGUGAAGAGCACGAGUGGUUCCAGAAGGCGACCAACACGUCACAUCCGGAACACGCCAAGUACCGCGAGUACUUUGUGUGGCACCCGGGCGUCGCCAAAGACAACGCGUCCCAGCCUGACGUGCCCAACAACUGGGAAAGCUGGUUCGGUGGUUCCAUGUGGACUUGGCACGAAGAACUUCAAAUGUACUAUUUGCAUCAAUUUGGACCGUAUCAGCCGGAUCUCAACUUCAACAAUCCUGAAGUUGUAGAGGAGAUGAAGGACGUGGUGAGGUUCUGGCUGAACAAGGGCGUGGACGGCUUCAGGAUGGACGCGAUCCCGCACCUGUUCGAGAACGAGAGCUACCCAGACGAGGGGUGGGCGGGCCAGUACACCAAGCACCAGCCCAAGACGUACGAGAUGGUGCAGCAGUGGCGGGCGCUGCUCGACUCCAUCAACAGCGAGGCGGUGAUGGUGACGGAGUGCUACGGGUCGAUGGACGAGAUCGCAGGAUACUACGGGAAUGCCACCAACCCUGGAGCGCACUUCUCUUUCAACUUCCAGCUCGUCUACGUGGAGGCCCAGAACUCUGCCUCUGACGUCAAGAAUACAAUCGAUGUCUGGAUCGACGGUGCUAAGAGGCUCAAUCUCUGGAGCAACUGGGUGGCCGGCAACCACGACAAGCCUCGCGUGGCGUCGCGGGUGGGCGUCGACCUGGUGGACGGGAUGAACAUGCUGCUGACGCUGCUGCCCGGAACCGCCGUCUCCUACAACGGGGAAGAGAUCGGCAUGGAGGACUACAGGGACUUCCAGACCAGCGAGGAACGUGACUACGAGCGGACCCCCUACCAGUGGGACAACUCCACCAGCGCAGGUUUCUCGGACAACGCGACGACGUGGCUGCCCGUGAACCCCAACUACCUGACGCUGAACCUGGCGGCACAGAAGGCGGCCGAGCGCAGCCAUUACCACGUCUACCAGCAGCUGGUGCGCAUGCGCGAGGAAGCCAUAGUCCAGCAAGGAGAUGUCUCUACUGCUGCUCUGGGCAGCGCCCUCGUUGUCGCCAGGACGACACUGGGGGCCAACCCGCUUUUUGUUCUGGUGAACUUCGGCAGUGGUGCCACCACCGUCAAUCUGAAUGAUGGCUUCUCAUCCAUUACCACCGAAAAUGUAAAUGUCAGCAUCACCAGUGUUAAAUCCAGCCACAAGGAAGGAUCCGUAUCUGUCCUCAGAGAGUUGCUGCCGUCGACGGCGAUAGAGCUGGCUGGUUACGAAGCAGUAGUGCUGCUCGGUGUGCCCUCUGGCGGAGUGGAAGUCGACGUUGACGUCGGUGCCAAUGGGGACGAUCCGCAAGCGGGCGCCAUCGCCGGCGCGGACGACUCGGGGAAGCCCACCGACGACAAGGGAGGCGCGGCCUUCUCGCCGUCGGCCUCUGCUGCCGCUCUGCUGCCCACGCUGCUGGUGGCCGCGCGGAGGGCCUGA